GAAAAGGAAAAAUCGGCGCUGCCAUUGUUCGGCUUCCUUUUUCUUUCCUGGUGACCUGCUGGGAUUAUGAUUGGGAGGAAUAUUCUGUGGCUAGUGUUUUGGAAAAUGGGAUUUCAGCAGGAUCUACGAAGAUCGGAGAUCGAUGAUGUUUUGUGCAAUUUGCGUGUGUGUAUUGUGGGGCCAUAAGAAAUGCCUAGCUGCAAAAGAAGAAAAAGUUGAACGUGGAAAAAUGGUGCCUUGUUGGUUGUAUAUCGUUCGGUUGAGGGUGUGUGUGUGUACGAAUACGAACAUACAAUCAAGAAAGCUGAAGAUCGUAUCGCCGGACCGAAUCGCAGCGACACGACGAACAUUCCAUCGAUGAGGGGCCCCAUUCGGGAACGACGAUCAGGGUUGCCAGAACUGCAACAAAAACUACAAACAUACACGCAAAUAAGCACUCCAAGCCAAUUGCAGCCGACAUCAUGCUCCUAUAAUCCAGAGUGUUAUGCUAUGUGAAAUGCAACAUCAUCUAUCUCGGCAGGUCGCCCUACCCCCUCGAACUCGUCUCGUUACCACCGCCGAUGUGCAAUCCGGAAAUACGGUUGUCCAAGUGCCGGUAUCGUUACCGGUCGGGACACUUAUCGGCGGUACCACCUUCAAUGUGCUCACGCCCGAUCAGAUUCAACACUUUAAGCCGAUGAUCUGCGUGGAUAACAAUGGUUUCGUAUCGGGCAGCACAGUCGUCGGAGACCUAACCGGUGACCUGAAGCCAACGCAUAUCGUGAUCCAGCAACAAGGGACGGACCAACAGCAACAUGACGAUCAGAGCCUUGUAGACCAAGUGCAGUCACAGCCAGAAUACCGACUAGACAAUAGUGUGAUCGAUCGAUUAAAUAGUCUCGAUGUCCUGUCUGUGCGAUGUAAAACCACGACGGGAGAAUUGUACAAGAGCCGGCUCGGCUCCGGUGGACGUGGGAAAUGUAUUAAACAUAAGGAUGCGUGGUAUACCCCAAGCGAGUUUGAACAGAUCUGCGGUCGGGGCUCGAGUAAAGACUGGAAACGAUCUAUUAGGUACGGUGGACGUAGUUUGCAAGCGUUGAUCGAUGAAGGAAUCCUGACGCCACACGCUACCAGCUGUACAUGCUCAGCAUGUUGUGAUGAUGAAUCAGCUGCUUCUGGUCCAGUACGAUUAUUUACGCCAUACAAGCGGAGGCGGCGUAAUCAAAUAGAACCUGAACAGCCCGAGAAGAAAAAAAGAAUAAUUGUAAAUAACAAUACAAACACUAGUAAUAACAAUAUCCACAUCAACAAUAUUAACAACAGCGCCAUCAGCAACACGAGUACUACUACAACCGCCGUAAGUCAGCAAAAUACCACCGUAAGCCAUCACCAUGCGGCUCAGCAACAACAACAACAACAACAGCAGCAGCAGCAACAACAACAAGUGCAACAACAGGUCCAACAGCAGCAGCAACAGCAAAUUCAGCAGCAGCAGCAUCAAGUUCAGCAACAAAUUCACCAAGCAGCAACCACUAUCAAUGCUACACCGAUUAUCACCAACAAUACCAGCACCACAACCACAACCACUACGGUGAAGGUAGUUCAGCAGGAGCAGCAAGAGAUUGAAAACGAGCUCGCAAUCACCACCAAAGAAGAACCUUGGCAGGCCCUCACCGAAGGAAUCGAAAGCGCCACAGAAUAUGUCGACCAAUCGACACAGUUAAUAACGGAAACGAAUCUACCGUUUGAGCAGAUGAAAGCAUUGUGCUCUCAAGUGUGCAAGGCCAUGCAGGAGUUGAAGAAGUGCAUUGGUGAUGCCAGCGAAGUACACAAUCGUCAAUUGGAAAGGCUACAGCGCGAACGGGACGCUGCCAUCCUCACCGUAACUCAGUUGGAGGAGCAGAACAACAUUAGUAGUCAAUUACCGCCCGGUUCGGUUCAUGCCAACAAAAAGUGUGCCAACUGCAAUCGGGAAGCAUUGGCCGAGUGCUCACUCUGCCGGAGAACGCCGUACUGUUCGACCUUCUGUCAACGAAAAGACUGGAUCACGCAUCAAAACGAGUGCGUGCGAAGUACGCAGGAAGCGACGCAUCAGAUCAUGCUGAUAGUGGAUGAAACUCAAUAACCUUUAAUUUUCUAAUUGCGACCUGCGGUUUGGCGUGGUAUACGGGAAGCGAGAUCUGGAUCGAUUCUCAGUGCUGCUGAUGUACUACAACAGUACCUUCGAAGCGAGAGGUAUUUAUAGCAGCACCUGUGCGCCACUGUUCGCCGCGACUCCUCGAAGAUUCGCUAUCUUCGGCCGGUUGCAAUGCAUCAAUGGGCAACGUUGCCAAGCGGGGCGACACACCACUAUUGAAAUGAGGAAAUUUUUAUAUUUAAAUAGCAAAGUUUAAAUUUUGUUUUUAUACCUUAAUAUUUGAGAAUGAACAGAAAUGGAUUCACUCAUAAGAGACUUAUCGGUAGAAGCCGAAGUGAUCUUCCCUGUUCAAAGAAGAUUUUUUUGUUUUCAUUUUUAUUAGGAAAUUGCGCGGAAGUACAUACAUAUAUAUUUAAUAACUGAAGUGUGUAUGUAAAACACAAAGAGAAAAGAAACUUUAUUUAAAAAAAUAUCAUUUAAAUAAUAAGAGACGUUAACUCUUAA